GAGAGGAUACGAUUCAUCUCAGGACAAAACUCGCUUCGACUGACAGACGACAGCUACAAGACAGAAUACUGAAAUACUGAAGACCAACACGUCCAGCUGCUAUUGAUCUACGAACAGACCAUAUAACUCCAAGAGACAUUUCCAACAGAGGUAGGAAACCACUCAGGACUUUCUUCCAGUUUGACUGCUGUGUUUUCAUCUUCACUCUGAGAGACAAUGUCUGCCCAGUCAGAGGACGACCUCUCCUGUCCAGUCUGCCAGGAUAUUUUCAAAAAUCCUGUUAUCCUGUCGUGCAGCCACAGCUUUUGUAAAGACUGUCUGCAGAGCUGGUGGAGAGAGAAACCUUUGCAAGAGUGUCCAGUUUGUAAGAGGAGAUCAUCAAAGAGUGAUCCACCUCGUAACUUGGCUUUAAAGAACCUGUGUGAGACUUUCUUACUGCAGAGAGAUCAGAGAGCUUCAGCAGGGUCUGAGCCUCUCUGCAGUCUGCACUCUGAGAAACUCAAACUCUUCUGUCUGGACCAUCAGCAGCCAGUUUGUGUCGUCUGUCUGCAUUCAAAAGCACACAGUAAUCACCAAUUCUGUCCCAUCGAUGAAGCUGCACAGGAACGCAAAAAGGAGCUCCAGGAAUCCCUGAGCCUUUUACAAGAGAAACUGGAGCUGUUUGAACAAGUUAAAGGAAACUAUGAUCAAACAGCAGAACACAUUAAGCUCCAGGCCCAACACACAGAGAGGCAGAUUAAGGAGCAGUUUAAGAAGCUGCACCAGUUUCUAGAGGAGGAAGAGGAGGCCAGGAUCACUGCUCUGAGGGAGGAAGAGGAGCAGAAGAGUCAGGUGAUGAAGGAGAAGAUGGAGGCUCUGAGCAGAGAGAUAGCAGCUCUGUCACACACAGUCAGAGCCACAGAGGACGAGCUGAGAGCUGAAGACGUCUCAUUCCUGCAGAACUACAAGGUUACAGUGGAAAGAGUCCAGCAGCGCCUCCUGCUGGAUGAUCCACAGCUGGCUCUGAUAGACCAGGCCAAACAUCUGGGCAACCUGACCUUCAACAUCUGGGACAAGAUGAAGAAGAUGGUCUCCUACACUCCUGUGAUUCUGGACCCAAACACUGCUGAUCCAGACCUCAUCCUGUCUGAGGAUCUGACCAGUGUGCAACGUAGAGAGAAACAGCAGCUUCCUGACAAUCCAGAGAGGUUUGAUAACUUCACCUCCAUCCUGGGCUCUGAGGGUUUUAACUCAUGGACUCACAGCUGGGAUGUUGAUGUUGGAGAAAAUAAAUUCUGGUUUUUGGGAGUGGCUACAGAGUCUGUGAAGAGGAAAGGAGACAUCCAGUCUGGAAUAUGGAGAAUAGGGUUGUCUAAUGGUAAAUAUAAAGCCUUCUCUCCAUCAGCACAACCAGUCGUUCUCUCAGUGAAGGAGAAGCUUCAGAAGAUCAGAGUUGAGCUUGACUUCUACACAGGAAAAUUGUCAUUCUCUGAUCUCGAUACUUAUGAACACAUUUACACCUUCACACACACCUUCGCUGAAAAGCUAUUUCCAUACAUAAGCAAUAGAGAUGAAUUCCCAAUUAAGAUUUUACCAAUGCUAGAUUUUGAUGAUGAUGAUGAUGAUGAUGAUGAUAGUGAUUGCAAUUUUGACCUAUCAUAGUGAUUAUGAUGAUUAUUACGAUGACAGUGACAACAGCGUUGACAUUUACAGUUUACCUUUCUAACUGAAUCUGACUUUAUCUAAUGUCAUUUCAGUGUAUCUGUAUCACAAUGAUUACUCUAGUAGCAGCAGUGAAAUAAACCAAGAGCAGGAAAAACACGUGAGAUGAACAUGAAACAACUCUGACGAUGAUCCUGUCUGUAAAAGUAAAAUCAUUUUAAUUCUGAUCUCAGUCAUUUUAUCUUAUUUUGUUUUGAGAUUUUUUUGUGAUGCUGGUGAUUUAGAAACUGAAGUUGUCUCAGUUUUUAUUCUUGUUGUAAGUCGCUCUGAAUAAUUAAAUAUAAAAUUAUAAUGUCUUGAUGAAAUAUGAAAACAUUUCCAACAUACAGACGAUCCUGUAUGAGACAGAGUAAGAGACACUUUAUUUUGGUGAUUCAGGAACUGAUAUGACAAAAUAUCUUAUAUUUUAAUUUGCUCUUUAUUUUAAUAUAUUAAUAUUUACUCUUGAUAGUCCUGUUUUUUUGCCUUGCUCCUGUUGUUUCUUUAUUGAUCCUUGUUAUAUACUGUAGGUUGCUUGUGUAUUUUUGAAAGGAUUUCUUCCUCUUCUUUGGCGCCCCCUCCAGUUGGUCUAAAUGCCGAUAAACAGCCAUGAAAGAUCAUUUUGGGGGUAGAAAUGAUGUAAAGUUGGUGAUUUAGUAACUGAAUCUGUCACUACUGUUGCUUUCAUUGUAAAUCAAAAAAAUCAGAUACAUGUAAACAAAAUGUAAACUUUGAAUUACUGGAAUAAACUUACUCUCAGUUUCUCCUCCA